AUUAAAAUGAAUAUUAUAAUCUACUUUCCGGGCACAACGGGAAUAAAGGCUUGGAAAAUGUAAGGUUUAUAGUACACCGGAUGUCAAUAGAAGUUCAUCUGCUUCGAAACUUUAAUCGUCUAGUGAAAAGAGAUUAGAUUAAAAUAGCAAAGAGCAUAAACUCCGUGCGUAUAUGACCUUAUUAACCUACGAUAUUAAACAUAAAAAGACAAAUCAAAGCUAUUCUCAUUUGUAGUGGCGAAGCAAAAGGAAGCAGUCGCUCAUUUUGUGCAAUCAUUAAAAUUAUGAGUUAUUUUUUAUUUCUCUGUAUUUUAUUUGUCGUUAAAAAUGGAUAUUCCCAAGAAUUGUUUAGAAGCGAUUACACGUUCAUAUCAGAAACAAAUAGUUAUUACAAAAUUGCCACACUUAAAAAGAAUUGGGCAAAUGCAAAAUGGCGUUGUGAAAUAGAAGACGCAUCGCUUUUCUAUCCUGAAGAUGAGAAAGAAGUUAAAGCCAUACUCCAACACUGGAACAAAACACAGCCUGUGAUAACGGCCAUGUUUGUUGGAAUUUCCCUCGAUGAUGCCACACGAAAGUUUAAAAGCAUUGAUGGAAGAGCAUACGAAGAUAUCUACAAUAAAUGGGGAGUAGGUGAACCAAAUAAUGUCAGAAACGAUGAAAAAUGUCUGGUGCUGCGACCAGAUGGAACUUAUAACGAUGACAACUGCCUUAAAAUAUUUCCAUAUAUUUGCAAAAAGCCAUUAGAUUCCGUUAAAUGGAAUUCCGAUUGUCAUACUCCUUACACCGAGUACGUACGCGAUGAAGAUGCAAGUCGCUGUUAUAAAUUUCAUUUAAAACCUGUAAAUUGGGUGAAUGCUUUAGAAGUGUGUGAUGCUGAACAAGGAUAUUUGGCUAUAAUUAAUACCCAAGAAGAGGUAGAUAUUCUCGUUAACAUGACUAAACAAGCGCCGAAGGAUGCGGUACAAGGCGAUUACCUGCGAGGAUUCGUCCAUGUUGGAUUUAACUGGUUUGAAGACGACUGGAAAACGAUCGGAGGGGAAACAAUACAAGAGGCAGGAUACUCAGCGUGGGGUGACCGGCAGCCGGACGGCGGCAACGAAGAGCAAUGCGGAGCGAUGGCGUACGAUGGAAAACUACACGAUGUUAGCUGUCAAAAUCACAAAUGCUUCUUUAUAUGCGAAUUAGAAGUUAAAGCUUUCAGUUUUCUCAGUGAGAAGUACAGCGGUGUAUAAUAUUAAUCGAAUAAUUAAAUUGUCAAAUGUAUUAGUUUAUUAUGGGAAAAAACAAAUUCUACCCUAAUUAAGCAUCAAAAGGAAAUUGAAGUUAAAUUGUUAAUAUUAAUUGAUUUUAUUUAUACUCAUUUUGUAUUCACUGGUUUUAAAACAAUAAAUGUGAAAA